GCAAGUUGUGGAGCCUGUCAAAUGGUGAUGCGUAGAGCGAGAGAGAUGCAACAGCUAUUCAAAGCGCAUGCUUUCUAUCCAACAGCAACAUUACCUAACACUUGUCAAUCCUCAUUCCUCUUGUCACUAACCCACCCAUCAUAAGUCUCUAUUCCUUUUAACACACAUCUAAAUGGUAACACUAAUCCAAGAACACUCUCUCGUCUAAGGCUAUGAUGCCUCUCUCUUUUAUUCUAGCCGCAAUAGCAAUAUCCAUCUUCUUACGCUCCCUCCUCGGCUACCUUACUCGGCCUACCCGUGCACUCCCGCCGGGCCCAAAGCCAUGGCCCCUCGUCGGGAACCUACCCCAUCUCGGCCCCAUGCCCCACCGCUCCAUGGCGGCCCUAGCUCGGUCCUACGGGCCGCUCCUGCACCUGCGACUCGGGCUUGUUGAUGUGGUAGGCGCGUCGGGCUCCGUGGCAACCCAGUUCCUGAAGACCCAUGACGCCAACUUCUUGAGCCGGCCACCCCGCUCUGCAGGGAAGCACCUUGGGUACAACCAUCAGGGCAUAGGGGCCGUACCAUACGCCUCAAGGUGGCGGAUGCUGAGGAAGAUAAGCACUGUCCACCUCUUCUCCAGCAAGGCUCUCGACGAUUUUAGGCAUGUACGCCAGGAAGAGGUUGCGAUACUCACGUGUGCCCUAGCACAUGUGGGCUCGGCCUCGGUGAACCUAGCCCAAUUGCUCAAUGUGUGCACGGCAAACGCGCUAGGGCGGGUGAUGCUUGGGAAGAGGGUGUUGGGGGAAGGAAAGGGGCAGGACAACCUGAAGGCGGACGAGUUCAGGUCGAUGGUGGUGGAGAUGAUGGUGCUGGGCGGCGUGUUCAACAUUAGCGACUACGUGCCGGCCCUCGAGUGGCUCGACCUCCAAGGGGUCGCGGCCAAGAUGAAGAGGCUACACAAGCGCUUCGAUGCCUUCUGGACGGCCAUUUUGGAGGAGCACAGGGCCAACAUGAGCAAUAGUGGGAAUAAGCACAAUGACUUGUUGAGUACUCUGAUCUCUUUGCAGGAUGUUGCUGAUGAGGAAGGAGGGAACCUCAUGGAUACCGAAAUCAAAGCAUCGGUUCAAACCAUGUUCGCGGCGGGCACCGACACUUCCUCUAGCACUACGGAAUGGGCCAUCGCCGAGCUCAUCCGGCAACGAAUCCUGGCCCGAGUCCAGGAAGAGAUCGACUCCGUGGUGGGACGAGACCGCCUCGUGACCGAGCUUGACCUGCCUCGCCUGACGUACCUCCAAGCCGUGGUCAAGGAAACCUUCCGGCUCCACCCGCCCACCCCUCUAUCCCUCCCACGAAUCGCGGCCGAGAGCUGCGAGAUCAAUGGCUACCGCAUCCCCAAAGGCGCCACGCUACUGGUCAACGUGUGGGCCAUAGCCCGCGACCCCGAAGCUUGGGCCGAGCCCUUGGCGUUCCGGCCAGAGAGGUUCCUGCCGGGCCACGAGAAGGCCAAUGUCGAUGUCAAGGGUAAUGAUUUUGAGCUCAUUCCGUUCGGGGCCGGGCGCCGGAUAUGCGUCGGAAUGAGCCUGGGCUUGAGGAUGGUCCAAUUCAUGACCGCGACGUUGGCCCAUGCUUUCGACUGGGAGGUGGCUGACGGCGUUUCGCCGGAGAAGCUUAACAUGGAUGAAGCUUUCGGGCUCACCUUACAGCGAGCCGAGCCUUUGUUGGUCCACCCGAAACCGAGGCUUGCCUCACAUGUCUACAAGGCAUCAAGUUGAAGAGCUAGUGAACAUCAUUUCAGUAGUUUUUUUUCGCAUUUGGUUGACGAAUAAUGAGGGCAAUUUGCUCGAACAUUAAUUGUAUCUACUUGCGGUUUGACGAUUAAAAGAGUAGAAGUGAUAGAUAACGAGAUCAACAUGUAUCGACCAAAUAUAGGGCUAUCGAUUUUGGAACCCUAUUUUUGGAAGUUGGAAAGUUUUCCAUCUUUAUGUAUUUCUUUUCUUACAAGUAAAUCUUCCGGAAUGUACUUUUGGAUAUAUAAA